AGAGCUUUGAAGACUUCGAACUGUCAGCCAGUGGCGCUCCGUCGUCAACGGCUUUGUCUUCUUCCUUGCCCUUCCCUUCUUCUUCUUCUUCCCCAACCUCUUCUCCCAGUUCUGAAUUCCCCUCUCCUCCUUGCUUAUGCGUAUAUAUCACAUACGAACACGCUUCAGAAGCUGUCAGGUCAGAAGACAGGAAAGCCACCUUUGAUUGCUUUCUCUAGGUGAUCUGGGUCCUUUCUCGAGGGGUUUCGAGGUUCGAGCGACAAGAGAGGAUUAGUGGGUUGUUUUCCUGGACAGGCAUUUUUCUGUGUGUGUUUUUUUUUGCGGGGAUUCUUGUGAGAUUUAUGCCAAGGAAUUCACCUUGAGUACUUGGUGUUGUUCUAGGGUUAGCGUGAAAAGAUCCACCUUUGACCGACCAAAAUUCUCGAAGAAAUUUGGUUGUUGGGAGGAGUGCUGGUUAGAUUCCUUGAUGUUUGCUCAGUUUUGGUAGUUGGAAGGGUAGCAGGAAGCACCUUACAUGAGGAGAAUUUUGGUGCUUUUCUGAAGAGACGUCUCUUGGGAGGAUUCGAUUUGGGAGGAGCCACUUAUGGUUCCUGAAUCCUGAUUUCUUGGGAGGAUUCGAUUUGCUGGUUUCAUUAGGGAAAUUUGGCUAGGGAGCUGCCUUCAAUCCUUUUUUUGAUUGAUUGGUAAAUUCUCCUUCUUCAAAGAAAACCACAAGCUCGGAUUCAUUCUUGGGAGUUAAAAGGGUUUGGACUUUGUAGUGCAAGGGGCUAUUCUUUGGUGUUCCUUUGUGGUGAACUUGGUCUAGGUUUUAUUGGUGGUUGGGAUAAGCAUUACAGCACUAGCUUAACUAUCUUUCUGAGGAAAGAGUGUAGUUAAGUGAGAAUUUUUCUCAGCUUUGUUCUUUCUUGUGGAGAGGAUUGUGGUCAGUUUUUCAAUAACUUGGGAGAAAAGACGCAAUCUAGCAUUUAUUAUCCAGAGGAUCUGCUCUUCUCGACCUUCUAGAUUCAAAGUGGCCAAUGGCGAUCAUAGUCUUCGUGGAAUUUGUCAAGAUGUGCUAAUGUAUCUAGUUAAACAGCAACCUCGAAUUCCUACAUUUGGGGACUGGGAAAACAGUGAGGACACCCCUUACACACAGAAGUUCGAGGGUGCAAGGAAGAACAAGAAAACAGGAAUUUAUUCCAAUCCAAAUGAUCCAGGACAUCAACCUGAACCUCCUCGCAGGUCACCUUUGAAUCCAUCAUCAUAUACACCUGAUGCUCGAGAACAAGGUCCAAGGAAUCCACCACAUGGAAGAAGGCCUGAAACGGAUCCACACAACCGCGAGCCUGUACCACGACGGCAUUCAACUCCUCAGCAGGAACAAGGAGGAAACACUAGCACACCGAGAAGCCCCUACAGAACUGCUGCUGGGUCUGCUUCACCAAUGCAGCCAAACAACACAUCAAAGCCGAAACACAGGGCAGCUGGAGGGCAGACUCCAGAAAGGAGAGCUUCGUCAGAUGUACAUGGCCAGCAUACUCCUGGAAGGAGCAGAAUGAGGCAGGGUUACCAAGGCUACAACGCUGAAGAGGAAGUAGCAGUUCCACCAUUUGGUGCUUGGGAUGAGGCUAAUGCGGCAUCAGGCGAAAAGUUUACUGGUAUCUUCAACAGGGUGAGGGACGACAAGUUAUCGCCUAACUCUUCAGCAAGGCAAUCUUCAAAUGCUAAUCACGGACAGGAAAAUAAGGUGCAACAGACAUGCCCUUGCUGUAUACUUUGACAAAAUGGGGACGCAAUCACAGAUGUUUCUGGAAAAGUCUGGGUUACUCGUGCAACAAACUAUUGUCUUCAUGAAGAAUUUGUCAAGAAACUCUUUCAUCAUGUAUUACCUUUCCAUGCUUACCACUUUACCAGUUAUUGCUAUUGGUGUGUGUAACUGUAAUGUACCUAUAAUUGAAUUGUUCGAUGAUUUAUGUUCUUCGCCUAUCUGGAACAUAUAUUGGAUGCCAUUGAGAUAUUUGCAGUAUGAGUUAAGCAGUUAGCAAUUGCUGGCAAUAAAGGUUUCUAUAAUUUCAUUUAUGGAAACCUGAUUUAUUAUA